AUGUCUGACCCGCUCAUCCUGCCGUGGCUUCUCUGUUCGUGCCUGUUCUCCGCGGUAACCCUAGCAGCGCUGUAUCUCAAAAGGAAGAUGAAUGGAUUUGCGCCAGGCGACAGAUCUCCUCCAAGCCUCCCAUCGCUCCCCAUCAUCGGGAGUCUGCUAAGUCUCAUAACUGACAGCCCUCCACACAUCUUCUUCCAACAGCUGCAGAAGAAAUACGGAGAUAUUUAUUCCCUCAUGAUGGGCUCCCACAAAAUCCUGAUCGUCAACAACCACCAUCACGCAAAAGAGAUCCUGAUCAAAAAAGGGAAGAUAUUUGCAGGAAGGCCACGGACUGUAACAACAGACUUGUUAACUCGAGAUGGGAAAGAUAUAGCAUUUGCUGACUACAGUUCCACGUGGAAGUUCCAUCGGAAAAUGGUGCAUGGAGCUCUUUGCAUGUUUGGUGAAGGUUCGGUUUCUAUUGAGAAGAUAAUCUGCAGGGAGGCGAGCUCUAUGUGCGACAUGAUGACUGAAUCCCAGAACAGCGCUGUGGAUCUGGCACCGGAGCUGACUCGCGCCGUCACAAACGUGGUGUGUGCCUUGUGUUUCAACUCUUCGUACAAACGAGGGGACGCCGAGUUUGAGUCCAUGCUCCAGUACAGUCAGGGAAUCGUGGAUACAGUCGCUAAGGACAGCUUGGUGGAUAUUUUCCCAUGGCUGCAGAUAUUCCCAAACAAAGACCUCAAAAUCUUAAGACGAUGUGUUUCAAUCAGAGACAAACUGCUUCAAAAGAAAUACGAACAACACAAGGUGGAUUACAGUGAUAACGUCCAGCGGGAUCUCUUGGACGCACUCCUGAGGGCCAAACGCAGCUCGGAGAAUAACAACGCCAGCACUCUCGAUGUUGGUUUAACUGAAGACCACGUGCUCAUGACCGUGGGGGACAUCUUCGGGGCAGGGGUGGAAACCACCACCACUGUACUCAAAUGGUCAAUAGCUUACCUCGUCCAUAACCCACAGGUCCAGAGAAAGAUUCAGGAGGAGCUGGACAAAAAGAUUGGGAAAGACAGACACCCUCAGCUCAGCGACAGAGGGAAUUUGCCUUAUCUAGAGGCUACUAUAAGAGAAGUUCUGAGGAUCCGCCCCGUCUCCCCACUUCUCAUCCCUCAUGUGGCUCUCCAAGACUCCACUGUGGGAGAAUACACUGUGCAGAAAGGAACCCGAGUCAUUAUUAACCUGUGGUCUUUACAUCAUGACGAGAAGGAAUGGAAGAAUCCUGAGCUGUUCGACCCAGAACGAUUUCUGAACGAGGAGGGUGAUUGUUUGUGCUGCCCAUCGGCCAGCUAUCUGCCCUUCGGCGCAGGGGUUCGAGUUUGUCUCGGCGAGGCACUGGCAAAGAUGGAGCUCUUCCUCUUCCUGUCAUGGAUUUUGCAAAGGUUCACGCUGGAGAUGCCCGCCGGCCAGCCUCUGCCUGACCUCCAGGGCAAGUUUGGCGUGGUUCUUCAACCCAAGAAAUUCAAAGUCGUUGCUAAAUUAAGAGCAGAUUGGGAAAAAUUCCCACUAAUGCAGCACUGCUGAGUAAAUGUACUACGUGUGUCUUUUGUGAGACAUGUCUUUUUUUUUUAUAAAGCCUGCUAUCAAAUAUCAAUCAGACAUGAAUAAAAUGAAUAUCUUGA